AUGGGCCGCGACACGGAUUUCCAUCCGAGCGAACCUCCUGUCGGUGCGCAGCUCUCCGUGGGACGUCGGAUACAACCGCAAUCGCGCAAUCAUCCGUCCGGCCUACCCGUAAGUCGUCGAAGCACUCGACUGUUUGCCGACCUCACGAAUCGUCUCGGAGAAAUCAUCACCACAGAACGAGCAUUGAUGGAAUCUGCAGUGUCCACGAGUUGUACAGCCUCAGUGUCGGACGCGGCUAUUUCCGGCGCUCGUGUUGUCCCGUCGAAUGGAGCACCGAUUCCGGCCGAAGCAACCCACGGCUGGCACAACCAGACGAGCCCUCUACUGACCGUUUCGUCGCAAACGAGUAGUCCGACGACGACGUCCACACAAAGUACGGGGACGUGUUCGUCUCCGUUGGAUCUCUUGGCCGGCGUUUCGUCCACGGAACACGCCAAGCACCAAACACCAUCAACGACCAAGGUCCGUCCACAGUCCAUCGGUGCGGCGAUCAAGAACACCAAUCCGUCCGCAGACGCCGUUUCCAAGACAGAAGGCGUGAGCAAUAGACACGUUGCUGCCGAGAAUCAAGCCACUGGAACGAGCGUGGAUGUCCACGAGUCGCAGCUACAAGGAGCCGAAACAUUGGAACAAUUCGAAACGAAAAGCGACGACGUUCCAUCGCCUCACCUUUCGUCCUUCCGAAAAGCAACAACAACAACAACAACAAUAAUUCGUCACAAUACGCGCCACAAAGAAAAACGUCGUCCGGUGGGAUACGUGGCUCCCAAAACGGAACGCACCGUCAAACCAAAGGCUACGCCCAAACCCCGCCGGAAUCGUACCCUUCAGCGAGCAAGCGGAAGUUUCCCACGCGCCUGUUUCACGCAUCGACCCAGCUUGGCUUGCCUUCGCUCACAGUCCUUGACCGACUACGUUAGAGAUGUGGUGCUUCCGACUGCCAGCGCGUACGAACCGAGUACGGAUCCCGACGACGACGAUGAUUACGACGAUUUCAAUCGAAUUCACGAGUACCGUCCGCUGGAAUGGACUGAAGGUAUGGCCAAAAUCACCCUACCAGAAGGUUUUUGUACGCUUGAUGGAAUCGCACGCGACCGGACGGGAAGAGGACUGGAUUGGCAAGCGGGUACACCCUUGGGCGACUACGUCAUCCAAACCCCGAUUGAACAAAACAUACGAGGCCUCGCUGGCGUAUACGAGUACACCUUUGCCGACAAGCCGCAGGUCACAAUUGCAAGUUUUCGUGAACAGGCGGACGCCUACCGUAAAGUACAAGUUGGCAGCGCUGUCGAUGAUGGCGAAAAUGCGGACUCGGACGAAGCCAUGGAUAAGUUGGCCCGAAAAUUCUGGCAGCGUCUUGGUCCGACCAUGCCCCCUGCCUGGUAUGGAGCCGAUCAAGAAGGAACACUCUUUGGCGACGAUCCUGCAUCCGGCUGGUCGAUUGCAAAACUCGACUCGUGUCUGCACGUGCUUUCGAAUGUUCCCGGCGUCACUACCCCUUACCUAUACGCUGGAAUGUGGGCGUCGGUCUUUUGCGCGCAUACCGAAGACAUGAAUUUACUAAGUAUUAAUUACCUGCACGCCGGUGCACCCAAAAUUUGGUACGCCGUUGCGCCCGGAAAGGACGCAGAUCGGUUUGCCGAGCUUUGUGCCUUUCAGUACAGUAUGGAGGCCCGCAAAUGUAAGGAAUUCAUGCGCCACAAACGAUGCCUACUCAGUCCGAAAGUACUACAAAAGGCAGGAAUUCGCUAUACAACGGCGGUACAGCGACCAGGUGAUGCCAUGAUUACUUUCCCGGGUGGUUAUCAUUUCGGCUUCAACGUGGGGUUCAAUCUGGCGGAAGCAACAAAUUUUGGGGUACCAGAGUGGAUUCCCCUGGGUUUGCAAGCUCAUGUAUGCUUAUGUCGACCAGAUUCGGUUCGAAUCGACGUGGAACGCUUAAUUGCGCUCCUGAAAUUGUACCAACAGGCUGAGAAGCGGGAGGUGGGUUUGUCGUGGAAAACUUGGAGUCAGCGGAGGGAGGAAAAAUUGGCUCGACGAGCACUGUCGGAGCGUCGACGCAUGUCAUCGCCGCCUUCUAAGAAGAAAAAACGUUCGAAAGCGCCACGGACAACUGAAUUUUGGGUCGAAGUUAGGAGACCUAUAUCCAAAGAGGAAACUGCAAAAAAGAAAGGCAAAAGGCCACUGAAAAAAGCUAAGCGCACUGACGAAGAAAUAUGGCAUCUCGCCAAAGCAACAACACGAAAAGGUCUCGUUCCCGAUGCUCGUGUUCUUUGUGUUUUGCCGGCGAAAGUUGUCUUGGAUCGUGUCAAAUUUCAUUACAGAACUACUGGGGACCCCGAUAAUCAAGAUGAGCAAUGCUUUGCCGGUCAAGUAGUCGAGCUAAUUGAUGAUCAUGUUCGAGUCAGAUUGGAUGGGCUUCCAAAGUCCAGCGACGAAUGGAUGCAUGUAUGGAGUCCAAAGCUGUUUCUGGACGGUGGUCGAUGGGGCGAGGAUCACGACGUUACGGUAGAGGACGAAAUCGGGAAGACGUUAUACUGGGAAGAAGUAGACUCCAAGAGCCUAUGUCUAUGAGUUGUUGUAACAACAGAUUUGUUUUUGGAAGCAGUCAGUUUUCUUCGCACUGGGACAGCGCUUUGAAACCGAGAUCUUCUUAAUCGGCUCGUAUGAAGUAGAGAAAUUCGCUCAAGUUGUCG